UUUAAAUUAUCAACAAUCAUCAAUAAUGAUGAUUAAAUUUGGGACACAAUUGAAUUUAAUCCAUCUAAUGAUGAUUAAGAAUUAGAAAUGAGAGAGAGAGAGAGAGAAAAGUUCUGAUAUUGUAUUAUCAACUAUACUAUUUACUUAGUAUUAAUGAUUAACAUUAAUCAAAUCUGUUAAUUCCUACCGAUUAUGAGAAAAUAAUAGAUAAAGUUGAAUGAUGAUCAAGAUGAGGAUUAAGAUGAUAAGGGAUGAAAAGAAGGAGCAAAAACAGUGAGAGGUUUAGCAAGUUAAAGGUAAGAUGAUGAUGAUAAGUUAUCAUCAUCAUCAAAGUCCGGCCUUUUGAGUAGAUGUGACUUGAUAUCAGUGAGAGUGAUGAAGAUGAGGAUGAUUGUGAUGAUGUACAGAGAUGACAAGAUGAUGAGGAUGAGGAGGAGGAUCAAUGAAAUAGUAAAAAUCAUUAUAAUCAUCAAUGUCCAUCCUCAAUAUGAAUGGUCAUCAUUAUUGAUAAGCCUAACUGGACUCAACAUCUUUAUAUAUAAAUAAAUUGGUAAAAAGUUUCAAAUUCAGUUGAUUAGUUGAAUUUGAUUAGCUAAUUGUAAAUUUGUUUUCUUUCAAAUUUUCUUAUAUUAUUAAUAUUUGUUAUAUACAUGAGUUCCUAUCGUUUUUAAUUAUUUAAUCAUCUUAAUUAUCAUUGAGUUUCCAUUGUUUUGUUUAGAUUUUGUUAUUACACUUUUUUACAUUUACUUUCCGUUUUAUUUUAUUAUAUUAGUGAUCAGUUUAACAAUUAAUAAUAAGCUGCCUGAAAAUGAGCAAACAAUCAAGUUUAAUCAUCCUUCAUUUGGUGAUUGUUACCCUAAUUGUUAUGUUAAUUGUUCCCUGUCAAGUUAACGGAUUCAAGAAACUUUUCUACAAAAAGUUAAUCAAGGCUGGGAUAUUGGGUAAACUUUUACUCGGAGGUAAAAAAGUUAUCAUUGCUUUCCCAAUGCCGAUUCCAAUGAGUCAUGAAAUGUCCUCGCCCUGGGGCAAUGGCGUUGGUUUUGGAGGUGGUGGAGGAUUCGGAGGUGGCAGUUGGCCACCAAGCAUGUGGAACGGCGGUGGAUGGGGGGAAUCUCCAUCACCUUGGUCUUUCUAAUUGUAACAAUUAGUUAAAUGGAUAAGGUAACAACCGAAAACUUUGUCUCUCUUAAUUGUAAUAACCUCCAAAAACGAAACAACAACAACUAACUAACUUUAAGAAAGUAUAUCAACCUGUUAAUUGUACAAUCUCAACAAACUUAUAUUAUAUAUUUAGUAACAAUUAAUUUCCGUUUUUAACUUUUUUCUUUUAAAUUACUUUUCUUGUCUUAAUUUACUAUGAGCGUUCAUUGCUAAAUUAACUGGAUAAAACGCUCAAGAGAAACAAACUAAUUGAUGAUAAUAAAAUUACAUGUCUUACUAUUCAUCUUAA